AAGUCUCUGUGUUGUGAGUGUGAGCGCAGCGUGUCAGACAGCCUGUUAGCGCCACUGCAGAAGGAGCAGAGCAGACUCAGCUCCAUCCUCUUCCUCCCCCUCCUCAUCCUCCCCCUCCUCCUCACACCAUGAACGCUCCUCUCACAUCCCACCGUCGCUACAAUUAACCAUCAUCGGCUGCACAGAGCCUCGACCUGCCGCUACAAACCUCCGAUCCCUGCCUUUUCCCACCGUGGACACCUUUAGGUUGGUCCCCAGCUGUGGAGAGCAGAAUGAAGGUGUUGGUCAGAGCUGUGCAGGACAAAGCCAUGAGCCCCUGGCUGCUUCUGGCUCUCCUCGGACUCUGUGCAGCAUUUGGGCCCAGCAAACAGGAAGAAGAGGACUAUGAAGAUGUGCCCAUAAAUAAGACUUGGGUUUUAUCACCAAAGGUCUAUGAGAGUGAUGUGACUUUGAUCCUUAAUAAACUGCUGCAGGGUUACGACAACAAACUGCGGCCUGACAUUGGAGUGAGGCCAACAGUGAUUGAAACAGCAGUUUAUGUCAACAGCAUUGGACCAGUGGACCCCAUCAACAUGGAAUACACCAUUGACAUCUUCUUUGCUCAGACAUGGUACGACAGCAGACUGAAGUUCAACAGUUCGAUGAAGCUGCUCAUGCUCAACAGUAACAUGGUAGGCAAAAUCUGGAUUCCUGACACAUUCUUCAGGAAUUCUCGCAAAUCAGACGCCCACUGGAUCACCACUCCCAACCGCCUCCUAAGGCUGUGGAGCAAUGGAAGAGUCAUGUACACACUAAGGUUGACUAUUAAUGCGGAGUGUUACCUUAAGCUGCAUAACUUUCCAAUGGAUGAGCACUCGUGUCCACUGGAGUUUUCAAGCUAUGGUUAUCCCAAGAAUGAGAUCAUGUACCGGUGGCAGAGACGGGCAGUGGAGGUGGCCGACCAGCGCUACUGGAGACUCUACCAGUUUGCCUUUGUAGGGUUGAGGAACAGCUCUGAUGUGGCCCACACCCAAUCAGGGGAAUAUGUGAUCAUGACCAUCUUUUUUGAUCUGAGUCGAAGAAUGGGCUACUUCACCAUCCAGACCUACAUUCCCUGCAGUAUGAUUGUGGUUUUAUCUUGGGUCUCCUUCUGGAUCAACAAAGAUGCUGUCCCAGCCCGCACAUCUCUAGGUAUCACCACAGUGCUCACCAUGACAACCCUAAGCACUAUCUCCAGGAAGUCGCUACCCAAGGUUUCCUAUGUCACUGCCAUGGACCUGUUUGUCUCUGUGUGCUUCAUCUUUACCUUUGCUGCCCUCAUGGAGUACGGCACGCUUCACUACUUCACCAGCAACAGGCAGACCAAGAAGGCUAAAGCCAACAAUAACACACAGCAGAAAUCAUCCAGCAUGGUGAAUAUCCAACCUGGCACAUCCCUGCUGCAGAUGAACAACAUUGUGCCCUACCACGAGGAGGGGGACUAUGCUUACGAGUGUUUGGAUGGAAAAGACUGCACCAGCUUCUUCUGCUGCUUCGAUGACUGCCGCUCAGGUGCCUGGCGCGAAAACAGGAUGCAUGUGCGGGUUUCCAAGAUUGAUUCUUACUCACGAAUAUUUUUUCCCACUGCUUUUGGCCUUUUCAAUCUGGUUUAUUGGAUAGGUUAUCUGUAUCUAUAAAACCAGCACCUCAAAAAAAUGAAGACUGGAGUUUCACAUCUGCAAGCAUUUCACAGUGGCAUAGCUGCUCCUGUAGCAUCAGAAAUAUCAAAUAAGAAAGUCUAUUUAAUAGGGCCGGGACUCGAUUAAAAAAAUUAAUCUAAUUAAUUAGAAGCUUUGUCAUUAAUUAAUCGAAAUUAAUCGCAUUUUAAUCGCAUAUAAAUAUUUGACCUGAGACAGUGAGAAGUAAUUUUUUUCACAUGGAUUUUUAGUAUACCAUUGAAUAAUAACUGAAUACAUAAGCUUAAGUAACAAAAAUAUAUAUAUAUA